AAAAUGUCUUUAAAGAUUUAAUAUUCUCUAAAAUUUGUGCACAUAUAUGUACAUACUUCUAUAAUUUAAAUAUUUUGAGACUCUAAGUAAAAUGGCUUUCAACAUGUCUUCUAUUAAGAAGGGAGCAUCCAGUGUAGAAUUAUUUGAAGGCUAUUCGGACAAGCUUUUGACGUUUGCGUCAGCUGCUUGCAUUGUAUUCAUGAUUUUGGGUAUACCUGGCAAUACGAUUAAUAUAAUUGCACUAGCAAGAGGAAAACAGACACGGAAUUCUACAGCGAUGUUCAUAAUAAAUUUGUCUUUGUCGGAUUUACUUUUUGACUGUUUCAAUCUCCCACUGGCAGUAUCUACAUUUUUAAGGAGGUCUUGGAUACACGGAGAGCUUCUUUGCAGAUUUUUCCCACUCAUGCGUUAUGGUUUGCUGGCAGUUUCGCUGUUUACUGUCUCACUUAUCACGAUUAACAGAUACAUCAUAAUCGCCCACCCUCGACAGUAUGCCCGAAUCUAUCAACGACGCUAUCUGGGCUUAAUGAUUGCAGGCACAUGGAUAACCGCAUUCUCUAUAAUGAUACCGACUUGGCGUGGCUUGUGGGGUAGAUUUGGCUUAGAUACUUCCAUUGGGUCUUGCUCCAUCCUUCAAGACGAAAAUGGACAUACCCCAAAAGAGUUUCUGUUUAUUGCUGCGUUCAUAGUUCCUUGUAUUUGCAUUGUGGUUUGUUAUGCACGCAUUCUUUACCUCGUUCGUAAGGCGGCAUUUACUCGCCGGUCAAGAGAAUAUCCUACCAAACCCAAUGUAGUGCAACAUGAAAUUCCCCCACCUCGGCAAAUUUGUAUGGAUGAAGAUAAAUCGUUUAAAGCCGGAAUUAAAGCUGAGUCUCUGCCUGAAAUAAAACCUUUUGAUGUUUAUGAGGAUUUGGAGUAUAUCGAUGUGAGUGAUUCAAACGACAAUGCCCAGGAGCUUGCUCAUGAAGUAAUCGGUACUAAAAGCAAUUGUACAAAUUUAAAUAACGAAUUUAAUGCUGCAUAUGAAAAUAGGAAAGAAGCAACUCCACCUAAGGCACCCGUCCCUGAUCUUGCAUGCUACUCCAAGACAGAACAGACCCAUAAAGGAUUUAUAACAACAUCUCUAAAGACGUCAUUCCGCAGGACUACACCUCGAAAAUCUCAUUAUGUCUCAAUGGGAAAUACAUCAAAUGCUUCCUCCAUAUAUCCAGGAAGAAUGAGCCAAAAGGAUCGACGCUUGCUGAAAAUGAUUUUGGUUAUAUUUAUUUCUUUCCUUUUUUGCCAUUUGCCAAUAACAAUAACAAAAAUAUGGAAAAGUGCUACAGAUUUUCAUAUAGUUAAUAUAAGUGGUUAUUUACUUAUUUACCUAACCACAUGUAUAAACCCUAUAAUUUAUGUAUUAAUGUCUAGCGAAUACAGGCAAGCUUACUGGAAUCUAUUGUGCUGCCGGCAGAAGGUGUAAAUAUUUUUAUUAUGUUAUAUUAUAUUUAAGUGAAGCUAGCUCUAAAUUAAACCAAAACUCGGCAAUAUAUUAAUGAGACCAGCUUUAGUGAGAAAUAUAUCAUACCUUAUCCACAUGUCUAUAAGAUCAAUAUUGAAUAAAACUUUGAAAAGUACAUAUUGAAUUACAAAUAGCCACUGACCAAUAAGUUAAAAGAGGGAAACUUUAAGGCAUUAUAACUGCAAAAUUUAUAUAGACAGACGAACACACUAAAGUUGGUAAUCAACUCAUCUUGUGUUGCUGAUCAUAUUUUAAUAUAAUUUCGUAGUUCUAUCUCCGCUCUUUCUGGUAGUAACACAAUUCGCACCGAAUUGAAAAAGCCAUUAUGCAUACAUACAUACAUAUGUAUAUAUAUAAUAUAUUUAUAUAAUGAUAUAAUGAACUCAUAUACCGAAUUGGUACCCUUACACACCAGUAUUCUCGAUUAUAAGAAAGUAAUUAGAAAAGAAAUGCAACCUUAGGCUAAUACUAACACUUUAUAGUAUUCAUAAAAGAGGCUAAUUUAAUGUUUGAUAUAACGGUAAUUAGCUAUGAAAUUAUAUUUCUCAUCCUUAAAUGCUCAGUAUCACACAACCGAAAAAAUACUGGAAAAUUUAAAAACAUAAAAGCUUUAAAUAGAAGCUUGUAAUAAAUAAUAAAGAUACAAAAUGUUACAUAGCAAUAAAUAAUAUAACUGAAAUGUGCGCAUUUAAAUAUGAUUAUUAUGUUCGAAACAUAUUUUACUAUGUUAAAUUAGGUAGAGUAACUUAAAAUAUGUUCCGAGUUGCUCUAAUUUUUUCUUCAUCUUAUUAAUUGGCGUGGGCACCACUUACACGAUUACAGCCGAAUCAGCAAUAGCGCGCCAUUCGUUCUUUCUCUUCGCUGUUUUACGCCUAUUGGAAAUAAGAAGUGAAGCUAUGUCGCUUUCCCAUUGAUCCUUCUAUAUCUGUUCGUCAUUGCCAAUGCGCAAAUGACCAUAAAUCGAUCUAAAAGUCUUUCUAUCGAAAACUCCUUAUAACGACUCAUUGGAUGUUGUCAUCUUUCAAGUUUCUUCACCAUAAAUCCGAACGGGAAUCUUUAUAGAGCACUUAUGGUGUUGAAAGGCUGCUACGGUAAGCCAUCUGCUCCUCUGCUUUACUAUUAUCUACAUUCGGCUUUGAUCGGAUAGCAUAAUAGUAAAAUGUAUAUACCAUCAUAAUGGAUUAGGAAUUCAGGCUCAUCAUAACCGAUUGUUGUAAUUUCAAUGGCAUUCAACGAACUGAAGAUUUAUCUCCAUAAACUCAGUAUGAUCUAGGCAUUGGGCGGCAGUUCAAUAGAUUGGUUCCUAUAUGAGUGUGCUUCGGUCAUGAAACACUCUGUUGGUCUUUAAACUUUUCAUAGAAUUUUCGUGCAUUACCCCUGUCAGUCAUUCCCUCAAACUGUUCAUACUCUCAAUUGGGCGUCUUUCUAUCCACUAACCACUUCACGGUCUCCACCCCACAUGCCAUGCGUUCCGGUAGAUGCAUUUUUGCUCUACAGUAAAAUUCAACAUUCCUCGUAAUACAAAGUCGUCUUCCGGCUGGACCAGUUCGUUUUAUGGCCACUGCAAUAAUGCCCUAAGGAUGAUCUUUUCCAUACCUGUUCCGUCCAUAACAUUGCUUAGAUACAGAUAAUGUCAGCAUUAAUUUUCGCUAAGGCAUCCACCAGCUGGGCACCGACAUCUACCAAAUUAAGGGACAUUCCUUAUGCACCCCACAAAACGUGAUUUUUAAAACGUUUGCAGGGGUAGGCAGAAAGAGUGGGAUCAGUCAUUCUAUGCUUCUAGAUGUUCAUUCUUCUCUAUUUUGUGUUUCAUUGAACGCCUUUAAUAUAUGUACCAACGAGUAAACUUUCUCAUGGAGGUAUAUAAUUUUCAAAGUUCCGUUGAUGCCAUCAUGUAAAACUUUUCAUAGACCAGUGAAAAUCUUUCCU